CACCCCAGUGUGAGCGAGAGAACGCAGAUGACUUUCUAUGAACAUGGCCGCCCAAGAUGAACUCAAUCAACUGGAGCGAGUUUUCUUGCGUUUGGGCCAUGCAGAGACAGAUGACCAACUCCAGGACAUCAUAUCCAAGUUCCUGCCCCCAGUCCUCCUCAAACUGUCCAGCGUGCAGGAGGGAGUCAGGAAGAAAGUGAUGGAGCUCCUGGUCCACCUAAACAAGAGGAUUAAGAGCCGACCUUUGAUCCAGCUACCCGUAGAGACUCUGCUGGUCCAGUACCAGGACCCUGCAGCGGCGUCCUUCGUUACGAACGGUGGAUUCUCUCUGCAGAAUUUCACCAUCAUUUACAUCAAGAUGGGUUACCCUCGACUGGAGGUGGGGAAACAGUGUGAGCUGGCACCAACCCUGCUGACCGCUAUGGAGGGCAAGCCUGAACCCCAACAGGACAGCUUGAUGCACCUCCUGAUCCCGUCCUUGUUCCACAUGAAGUACCCAAAGGCCUCUUCCAACUCUUCCAAGAUGGCCGCUCCCUUCAUCCUGAUAGAGAAACCUAAGACGGUUCAGCUGCUGCUGGAGUUCAUGCUGGACGUACUGUUGAUGCCCUAUGGGUUUGUCCUGAACGAGCCUCCCACUCGCCCAGCUCCCUCGUCCCCCCAGGGUAGCUCCGGGCCUGGGGCAGCAGCAGCCGGACAGGGCCUCCCCCAGCCUCCUCCAGGGAUGAGCGUCUACGCUGCAAAGAGGGUCAUCGGAGAGGCACAGUGGAGCCCAGAGCAGCUGGAACAGUGUAAGCUAGGCAUUGUGAAGUUCAUCGAGGCAGAGCAGGUCCCGGAGGUGGAGACGGUCAUACACCUGGUGGUUGCCUCUAGCGACACCAGACACGGCGUUGCCACGGCCGCAGACCUGGAGCUCAAGAGCAAGCAGAGUAUUAUUGACUGGAACAACCCCCUGAUCGUCAACAAGAUGUACAAGGUCUACCUGGGAGACAUCCCCCUCAAAACUAAGGGGGCCAGUCUGAAGCGGGAGCUGAAGCACGAGCCGGUCAGCACCAGAGUCAAGAUGAAGAUCCUACCUCACCUGUUACGCUCUCGCCUCGCCGCUGAGUGCUUCCCGGCGAACAUACAGGUGGUGUAUGACGGUCUGUUUGGAGCCAACACCAACAACAAGUUGCUCUCUCUUACCCUUCAGUUUGUCCACCACAUCUGUCAGGUAUGCCCUGACACCAACAAGCCACUGGGUCUGAUGCUGCUGAAUGGACUCACCAAGCUCAUCAAUGAGUACAAGGAGGAUCCCAAGUUGAUGUGUAUGGCCUACUCCGCUGUCGGGAAACUGUCCAGCCGGAUGCCCCAACUCUUCACCAAAGACAUAGCACUGGUCCAGCAGUUCUUUGAGGCCAUGUGCAAGGAGGAGCCUGACGUGCGUCUAGCCAUCCAGGAGGCUCUGUCGAUGAUGGUGGGAGCCUACGCUAACCUACAGGGGGCGCUACUCAACCUGAUGGAAGCUCUGGUGGCAGCUUACAUGGGCAAGCCUGAGGUACAGGUGCGUCAGGUGGCAAUGAAGUACGCCAGCACGGUAUUCGCUCCUGAUCAUGUGCCCUCCAGAUACUUGCUCCUAUUGGCUGCCGGGGACCCGAGAGAAGAGGUGUGCAGCGAGGCCCAGCGUGUCCUGAGGGCUCUGCCUGCUAAGAAGUCAGAGAAAGUGGGCUGUAAACCCAUGCCCUCCUUCCCUGACAUGGUGGCCUACAUCCAGGAGAAGGCUGCUCAGAGGAUGAAGACUCCAGCUAAGUACGUCGUGGGGACGUACACUCUACCCUUCAACCCUUCUGCAUUUGGCGAGAUGGUGCUGUACCUGCGGAUGUGUCUGGCCCACAGUGCCGGGGCCACGCCCAUCUCUAAGAGCCUGGCGGACAUGCAGGACGACGCGCCUGCCAUCGGACGCUACGUACACACCGUCCUCUCCAACGAACCCCUGACCCCGCCGUCCUCCGCCGGAACCAAGGGGCCGGAGGUCAACCCUGUACAGGUCUACAUCCACCUACUGCAGCAGCUGCUGUCUGCUGUAGGAGGAGUCCCUGUGAUGUACUGUCUUCUGGAGGUGGUGUCUGUCUGUCCUCACAACCUGGCCCCCAGGUUUAUCGACAAGAUCGACUGGAUCAAGAGUCUAAUGAACACCAACAAGGAGGACCUAAGGGAGCUAGCAGCUCAGCUGUAUGCUGUGGUGGUGUCCACCAUGUCAGGAAACGAGCUGAAGACUGCCGUUCAGACACUCAUCAAGAUCACUAAAGAUACGCACAGCCCUGAGACCCAGCACGGAGCCAUCAUGGCGCUGGGCUACAUGGUGGGCAGGUACAUGAGCAAGAGGAAGUCCUUCACUAACGGAGACUCCGCCCUCAACCGGGAACAGCGGAUGAGCGCCACACCCAAGGAGGAUGAGGAGCUGGUCGCUAUAGCAACCAAAGCCAUCGGUUCUUUCCUAGACAGCGGUUCCCCCCUGCUAGCGGUAGCAGCAUGUACAGCCCUGGGGGAGAUGGGGAGGAACGGACCUCUGCUCAUCCCUUCAGAAGGAGAGGGAUUCACCAAACUAGCUAUGGUGGAUAACAUGCUGGCUCGCAUCCCCUCUGGGAAAGAGACCCUCAAGGUAACCAUGGACACAGCAGCACGUGACAUAAUGAUGCUGUGAAAGGGCAGGUUGGUU